ACUCCCAUCCAAUCAUCUUGCUUCAUAUUCGCAGGAAGCUGGCAGGCCUGUGACAUUCACCGUUUCCAUGUCUGUGUCAACUGUAUAAAUAUCUGAAGAUGAACCUCGUACGGGCGUCCUUUUCCCGACUGGGUGGAAUGCGCAAUUCCACUAGCAUUCUUGCAGGAAACUUUGCAGUAACAGGCAACUCUCACCUUAGAAUGUUCAGCAACUGGUUUGUGCCCAGAGCAGCUGCAGGACCUCAGAUUUCCAGAUGUGGGCCACUUUGUUCACAAGCAGAGGGUGGAGGAGUGUUCCAACAGCUUCCGUGGCAAUACCAGCAGGUGCGGACCAGGAAGAGGGGCACAGAAUAUCAGCCCAAGAACAUCAAACGUAAGAGGACACACGGCUGGAUCAAGAGGAUGAGCUCACAAAGUGGCAUCGAGGUGGUCCUGCGCCGUAUGUUAAAGGGACGGAAAUCACUCUCUCACUGAAGGACCUUGUUGGAAAACCUGAAACCUUCAGAAAACAGACAUUGGUUCAGCCAUUGCUCAGCAAAUGUUGUGUAUUUGGUUCAAAGGCUUUACUAUACUGAGUUGGUUGGGUUUGAUUUCCCUGCAUUUAUAAACUUGCCUUCAACAAACAAUUGGCAUUUGCCUUUGGUAAGAAGAAGCUUGUAGUUUCACCCAGUGAAUUUGUAAAGUGUGUAUGUCAUUAUUAAAUCAGAUCUAUGGA